AUGUCGCCGUAUUUAGUGCUCGUAAGCCCCGCCGAUCUUCCUCCCCUCCUUGAUGCUGAUGCCUCGCUCUACCCCUCCCCCUUGACCCUCUCUACCCUCUCCUCUUGGACCUCCACAGCGCCGUCACUCUCCUUCAAAUAUCUCCCCACAACCGAAAGCACUUCGCCAUGCGGAGUAUGCAUAAUUCUACCACUCUUCUCAAUGCAUUGGGAAGCAUUGAUCAGAGGUGAGCUGAAAGAAUGGGAUAUAACCCCAGCUCACCUCGGCAUAGAAGAUGAGGCGGUAGGGCUACAUGUGUGGCAUAUUGAACGUUUUGAAGCAUGGCAACGGGAUUGGGGCAGCUUUGGAUCCUGGGCCUGGAAGGACCUGGAAAAGGCUGUAGAGAGAAUGGUGGUAGGUGGAUCCAAGGGCGUGAUUGGAUAUUCAGCACUUUGCGUAACACCUGCUGGAGAGCAUCUGUUUCGUGAAUUAUUGGGCUUCACAGACUCGCGGUACUACAGCGGACAGGUCGUUGUUAAGGAUGCCGGCUCCGGCCGAACGGAAAUUGUAGAAAGGGAGGUGUGGGAAAGAACACCAAGUGAGCAAAAGAAGGGAGAGAUUGUGGCACAGUGUAGAAUGCUGGUAAGGUAUUCUUAG